CUCUCUCCUGUCCCUCCCCGCUAUUUAUGCCGCACCUUCUUACUCGCUCCCAUUCUCCCUUUUCCCUUUCGUCGUCGUCGUCAUCAUCAUCUCUCUAAGCUUCCCAUCUCGCAUUACUGUUGGCCUUUGCUCCUUGUUGGCCUCUGGACUUGAAGGAAGACGGCGCCGGAAAUUUUUGGAGCCGAGGGGCUAAUCCUUACCUUCUACUCCGUACCCUCACGGGCUGUCUCCAACUAGAAUCGAACCUCUGCCCUCUUACCCUCUUGUACAAGUGGCAAGGGUGAUACCACUGGAGCAAGCGUGCGGGCGUUGAAUAUAAGAAGUUUUCCUGCUCUGUUUCUCUCUUCUUCUGCUCUAUACUUUAAUGUAAUAUAACUGAACCAGUUCAUAUCUUUUCGAGAACUUGAAAUGAUCAAGCUGACGAGGAAUGGACAAGAAUGGCGUCUUGGGCUAAAACUGGUUCAUGUCUUAUCUAUAUACGUUAUGAGGAAUUGGAGGCGAUGGGUGGUGGCCACUGCAAAUGAAGGACAGGCAGCGGUGGAGAGCUGAAGAGGAUGCAGUCCUGUGCGCAUACGUGAAGCAGUAUGGACCCCGGGAGUGGAACCUUGUGUCGCAGCGAAUGAAUGUGCCUCUUAACAGGGAUGCCAAGUCCUGCUUGGAGAGGUGGAAGAACUAUCUCAAGCCUGGGAUCAAGAGGGGCUCUCUGACUGAGGAGGAACAGCACCUUGUGAUCAAGCUCCAGGCCAAGCACGGCAACAAGUGGAAGAGGAUAGCUGCUGAGAUCCCCGGCCGCACCGCCAAGAGGCUUGGCAAGUGGUGGGAAGUCUUCAAGGAGAAGCAGCAAAGGGAGCAGAGAGAGAGCAUCAAUCCUGUUGUGAGCUCGUUCGAGCAGGGAAAGUACGAUCGGAUUCUCGAGAACUUCGCAGAGAAGCUGGUUAGAGAGCGCCAGAUCACCCCAUUGCUUAUGGCUGGACCAUUGCUUCCUCCAUGGCUUUCAAACUCCAGCAGCUCCCACAGACCGUCCUCGCCUUCUGUUGCUCUCACUCUCUCACCUUCCACCACGCCUCCUGCUUCAAUACCCUGGCUUCAAACAGAUCGAGGAGCAGAUACUAAUAGCAAGGGCUCGGCCAGUUCGCAGCAGAGCAUGGUGUCGGGUGUUCCUUCGAUCGGUGGUCAGAUGGUCUCCGAGCUGUUAGAGUGCUGCAGGGAGUUGGACGAAGGUCAUCGUGCUUGGGCGGCGCACAAGAAGGAAGCGGCAUGGAGGCUGAAGAGGGUUGAGCUGCAGCUGGAGUCGGAGAAGGCUUGCAAGAGGAGGGAGAAGAUGGAGGAGAUUGAGGCCAAGGUGAGGGCGCUCCGGGAGGAGCAGCAGCUGGCACUGGAGAGGAUUGAAGCGGAGUACAAGGAGCAGAUUCUAGGAUUGAGGAGGGAUGCUGAAGCCAAGGAACAGAAAUUAGCGGAGCAGUGGGCCGCAAAGCACAUCCGGCUGACCAAGUUUCUCGACCAGAUGGGCUGUCGUCCAUGGCCGGGGACCGACAUCGAUGGCCGGUGAGGUGAAAUUAUGGUAGGAAGGCAUUUGAGGUUGCUUGAUCUGAUCCUCGAGUCUUUUAUUAUUGUUAUCUUCUCUCUAUAGAACUGAGUAUUAGUUGAUGAAUGUAUUGUUGUGGUCUAGACCAGUCAGUAUGAUAUUGUUCUUGGUUUUCUCAGUGGACGACGGAAACAACCAUGCUUUAUCUUGUCCUCAUAUCUCAAUUAUUUUGAAAGUAAAAGGUUACAUUUCAAUGGGCCAGUCUUAUUCAGUUCAA